AUGGCCCGGAAACAGGUGGGGCGGAACAGAUCCGACCCGGGAAUGUUCAUCGUCACCUACACGGCGGAGCACAGCCACCCGGCUCCCUCCCACCGGAACUCCCUCGCCGGAACCACCCGCCACAAGACUUCUCCGACCGAGGAAUCGGAGAAGCCCUGUUCCGACGUCAAGCCGACCAGUUCGUCUCCGACGACCCCCGCAGAGGACGACGAUCAGCAGCAGCUCCUCCUCCAGGGCACGGCGGCGGCGGAGAGCAAGGAAGUGGAUUUGGAGAUGAUCGAGGACGAGGAGGACAACGAUGAGUCGGGGAACUGCGACGAGUUCUCGCCGGAUGCUCCGGACGACGAUUUCUUCGUGGGUUUGGAGGAGCUCACGAGUUUGGCUGCGGGGGAUUGCUAUUCCAAGAUGAAGGCUGGUCAGAAUCUCAAGGUGAACCGUAUUCAGAAUCUUAAGGUGAAGAGUGCUAGAAAGAAAAAUGUACGAGGAAUAAGCAUUUGUAAGGCUGUUGCUAGACUUAAGCGUGGUGAGAAGCUGCCUAUCGCCUUCUACAACAAUCAUCAAGAAAAUGGAAGUCGAAGAGUCGGGCAGAACUUGAGCAUAUGUGGGCUGCAGUUACGGUCUGUUUUGUAUCGUGAAUAUGCAAAGCCAUGUGGAUCUGAAGAAGAGGCUGUGGAAAAUAAGCCCGAUGCAGUAGGUAACCAAGAAGAUUGGGAAUGGUGUGUGAAACAUGUUUUCUACAGUCCUGAGUUUCAGGCUGGACUUGUUGAAACGUGUGAAGCUAAUCCAGAGUUGGAGCCAAUAGAAUUGGUAGAGGAGUACUAUGGAGAACAAAGACAUGGACAUAUAAUUGGAUUUGGAGGUGGAUUGAGGCCUAAAGACUUGAAGGGUUCAGAUGCAUUAAGCAGGGCAGAAUUGGCCAGUAAACUAAGGGAAUCCAAUGGUGAGAAGACAGACAUGGCAACUGUAAUAGCAGAGCAAGCCAAAGUUAUUUCUGAAAUGAGAGACAUGAUGGAAAGGAUGAACCAGAGGUCUGCUGGUCCAGCAGCAACUCAAAAUGGUUAA